AUGUCAUUUGGUGCUGAAUGUUUUCUCUGUUGUGAACUAAAUGGAUUCAAGGGACAGAUCAAGAAAACGUAUCCUGAAAUUAUUAAAUAUUUAGGGAUAAUGAUAAGAGGGUAGGUAAUUUUGCAUACUUUUUUAAAAUUCACUCGCCUUUAGCCGCGGGUUAGGGAAAGGAUAUGGAAAAGGGGUAGAUUUUGGCGUCACGUAGGGCGCUCAGGUUGGAAUGUCAAUGCACAACAGGGGCCACUCAUGCGAGUUUCAAGGCCCAAGCGCAAAGCACAAGACAUGCAAUGCAAGAGGAGGAAAAAGGGUAAAAUAACGCGCGUAGACAGGUUAUUGUUUGCUCUCUUCCGCCCAUGCAUUAGCCUGUGAGCAAGCUCUUCACUCUUGCUUACAGGCUAGGAGGAAUUGCUUACAGUAACGUCCAUACAAUUUGAAUUCCACCUCUAGCGUUGUCUGUGGUUCCACAGGUCUCCUGCAGUCUCCUGACUUUUUCCCCCUGCUGCUAGAGCCCCCACAGAGAGCUUGCUCUUGAUUCAAGCAGCAGAUGUAAACUACAAGAAUGUGCUGUUUGCUCUUACUAAUGUGACUGAAAUGGACUCACUUGGGCAUCAUCUGAGGUCUCGUAAACAAAAAGUGCCUUAAUUGCAAUGACCAAAAAAAGGUGAAAAUAGGAGCUCACUCAAACAUCUAAGCCUGUACUAGUUGCAGAAUUCAGGGAUUAUUGCUUUGUUAGUUAAAAGAACUAGAACAAAUGCAGUAUUUUCUGCUUUGAAUGGUGGGAUGAGAGAUGUGGUAGAAUCAGCAUGAUCUUGAUGAUUUUAACAGCUUAUAUCACUCAUCAGUCCCCUAUCAUGCGUCAUCAUCAUUUUCCUUCAACCACCAGAAUUGACGGAAAUUCUUAGAGAUUUCUUCCCAAACACCAUGGUUCACCAUCGCUGUACUCAGAUCCCUGGUAUCAAGUCCUGAAUGUUUAGCAUUCACUUCGGGGUAUCAAUGUUAGUUCACAUGAAUGCAAUCUACCCAUUGAGUACAGGAGAAUGAAAGAUGAGAUUAAUAAUAUUAUAUAUCAUACACCAUGGCAUGAAUCACCCAGCAUUCACUAGAUGACUAGAAGAGAGAGAACAGUAACCUGUGUUCAAGCAUAAUUUCUUGUCCCCCCUCAUCUUAUGUGCUUGCUGCCUAAAACCAGCCUGAGUGCCCCCAAUAUUGGUAACAUCUGCUCUGUAGGGUGACGAAUACAUGUAUUUUAAGAAAACCAAUUGAAAUCAGAAUGUCAAAUAAAGUAAGAAAAAGCAUUCAAUGAGAAUUAACAUUAUUUUUUAUCCCAUAACUCUUAUUUGGUGGUCUUUUUUGAAAUGGUAGAUCUUUUAAGGUCCAAAUAACUUUUGAAACCUGCCCAAAAGGGUCUGCUAACAAGUAACUCUGCCCCUUUUGUAUGAGAUUCUCUCAUCAACCCAUUUCCUUGAACUUCUCCUUCUCACCAUCCUGGGGUCUCAGUGAAUGCAACAAAGCUUUUUGAUUGCUAUUAAUCUUGUGAAACAUUCUUAACAUAAUGCUAUUAGAUGGCAAGAUUUUGUUGUUACUGAAAUAGAUAGCCAAGGAAAUCAGGUCAAGCUGAUCUCAGGUGAAAUUGUUUCUGCAAUGGAAGAUGAGCAAGAUGAUCAGUCUUCCAGGAGUAAAACAAAGGUUAAAAAAGAGAAGAGAGAGAAAGAGCAAGAAGAAAAAAGUUUGGAUGACAUGCCGUUUUUGAAUAAGGUAUGACAUUACGCAUAGUUGUAGUCCUUUUAACUAUGGUUCCCAGCAUCCUUUCCCUUCUAGAAACUAACUGAGAGUUCAGCUAACUGAUACGGUACUUUACAGCUCGUAUACAUGUAAUGCAAAGUAAAAUAACGUUUUAUUUAUGAACCAAUAAGGCUGAUUUAUGAAGGUACAGCUACCUCUGUAAUUUAAAAAUAAAGUAUAAAGCAGCAAGCUAUACUGUAUUAGUAAAAUCCAGCUAGUGGUCUAUUAUCAAUGCUGCAUUCUGUUUGGUUGAGCUACUACUAGGCUAUAUGUUAUAGCCCACUAGUAGUGAAAAGCGCAGGCUUUUUGGUGGCAAAAAAGGAUUAAAGUCUAGCUUUAACUAGCUAAAUUUUUUUUAUUCUUGAUAUUUUUGACCAUCUAGUUGGAUUUUACUAAAAAAAUAAUUAUUCCUCUCGCCCUCAUGACUUCUAAGUAUACCUGCUAAUUCACAUGCAUUAUGCAUUAUGUCACAUGCCUGUGGAUCAAAAACAUCACUCACUGCAUACAGGACAAUUUCACUUGCUUGACUCAUAACUCUGAGUUACUUAUUCAGUGACUAUUAACAUGAAAAAUUGAACUCAGUUCUACACAAAAUAGUCCAGUGAAUGGCACUAAAUAUCACAUCUGAGUCCUUGGUAAUAUUAAGCCAAGAUCUCACGCUAUCUUACGUCCUUAAACUCACCAAGACAUUUGUGAUCUCACUGAGGUGGCACCAAGAUUUGGCCUUUUGCGCUGCUACACAUGGCAACCUUCUUAAGAUGUCAGAACGUCUUCAGAACUGUUUGAAAGUUGUCAGAUUUUUCAUAAAUUUGGUUAAAUAUAAUUGGUGCAAAAGUCUAAUAGACGCAUUUGAAUUAGGAGGAGAAGACAGGACUAUGCGUGUACAGUAGAAGUAUUCCCCACUUCCACACACCCCAACCAAAGGGGAUAAUUUAUUAGUUCAUCACCUUGUUACCGCUAACAGUAUGGCAGCAUGCAGAAGUUAACCAUUCAAUAUACCAGUAAACACAGGUAAAAGAACUAGUAGAUCUGAACCUUCUGCUAAAAGGUUGGGUCCUGCUCAUGCAGACCUUGUGUUAAGUUGAGGGAUCAGGUCUCAGAAAAUUACAAAUUUUUGCUCAGCCUUACAAGCCUUUUUUCGGUUUAAAAAUGAGGGGGAUCUGUUCUUCCAGGUGAAGAUCUGUCACAGAAUAGUCAGGCAUUAUAAAGCAAAGUGCCAAAAUGAAUGCAAAGACAUUGUGAUAUCCCUUAACCAUUAUUCCAGUAUGUCGGUAUCAAAAAAUUAUCACCUCUCCACUAAAAGGAGGGAGUGGGGGAAUACUAGGAACUUGAAUAGUGCAAGAAUGGUAGCUACAACAUGUAAAUUGUUGCUCAUGAAUGGCUUCAGAAGCUAUUCCUUACAUGACAAAAUUGGAACAAGUUUUUUUAUUCUGACUGCUUUUACAGCUCUACUACAUGUAACUUUGAGUCUCAUUAUCAGUGGCUAUGCUCAAUUCUUUUAAGAUCAAUAAUUAUCACUAAUGUCUUACAUGUAAACAUUUCAGAUGUUAGACUCAUUUGAAGAGUUGAAAGAUAUGGCUCUGAAGAACUUGGAGAAAUGCAUAAGCAGUGAAAACAUGAAUGAACUCUCAGAGUUUGCUAUGUUUGUUGAAACCAAUAGAGACAGCGAAAAGAGGAUUUCUCUUGGUAAGCUGGUAAACUGGUGGACCCCAGAGGGUUUGCACAUAUUAUAAUAUUAUUUAUUAUAGUGACAUCAGUGAGGUGCAAAUGAGAGCAACUUGUUAUACCUCCCCCCCCCCAAAAAAAAAAAAAAAAUAAAAAAAAAAAAAAAAAAAGACCAAAAAAAAUAAAAAAAACACAAAUUUAAGCCAAAAAAAAGCUUUUAACAAAAAAUUUAAAAAAUUUUUUUAAAAAUGGGGGAAAAAGGAUUUUGGGAGAAAUUUUUUUUUAAAAGGGGGGGUUUGUGGUUUUUUGAAUUUUUUUUUUUGGGAAGGGGGGGGGAAAGUUGUUUGUUUGUUUUGGUUUUUUGGUAAAAAAUUGUAUUAAAUCUGUUUUUUUUGUUUUUUUUUUCAAACCAAAAUGGAAAAACGAAAGAGAGUUUUUGUUUAGUAAUUGGUAAACCUGUGGGCCCCCGAGGGUUUUCCCAUAUUUUAAUUUUAUUUAUUAAAGGGAGAACAGGGAGGGGCAAAUGAGAGCAACUUGUUUUACCCCCCCCCCCCCCCAAAAAAAAAAAAAAAUUAAUAAUAAUAAUAAUAAGGAGCCAAACAAGUUCAAUGACCCAAAAUCUUAGCCAAGAAAAGGCCUUUAACAAAUAUAUAUAAACUGCUUUUUAAAAGUGGGGGCAUAAGGAUUUGUGCAGUAAUUUUUAUUUCAAAGGCGGGUGUUGCAGUUUUUUGAAAUUUUAUUUUGCGGUAAGUGGUGAGAAAUCUGUUGUUCUGUUAUGGUGUUCUGCUUCUAUUUGUUUUAAAGUACAGUUUCGCAAGUCUACAAGUCCCUACAAGGUUUCUCGAGUUGCACAACUUCAGGGAUAUAUUUUAGUAAUUUUAAGUGCAGUUUUGCGUUUUUUUCACUCUUUUCUUUGCAGCAUUGUGGUUUUUGGACCCCCCUUAUCCCCCCUCUUAAUACAAGAGGUACUUGCAGUCUAUGUCCCUAUGUCAAUGAAACUGAUACAACAUUAUUGUUUGACAUUGAUAUUUAUUUAUAAGUAAAAAUCAGAACCCCCUGGGCAAGCUUAUUGUUAAAAUUAAUGUUGAUCAGGAAUAAUUGCUAUAAAGUUAGUUCCAGGAAUCUCACAUAGUUUUCAUAUCUUUGUAGGCUCUGUACCCUCAAAGGAGCUGCGCACAGGUCUUCACAGGAAUAUCCGUUUAGCUUUUCCUCAUCUUCUUACUGAGACCACAAAAUCAGAUCAGGAGGUAAAUUAAAAGUAAGCUGCCCAAGCUUCUUUGUUCUUGACGCCUUUUCUCCCAAGUAAGGCCCCAAUUUCAUUAUCCUCCCAGUUCACUUUGUCUUUCAUUUUUCAGGGACAACCUCCUCUAAUACUUGUUGGUUAUGAUAAAGUAUAUUGGGAAUUCAGCAACUUACUUAAUGACAGGGAUCAAGUAGACAGGUAGUAGUUAUUAAUAUUGAGCGUACAUGUGUAUUGAUCAUUAUGCCAAGAAUACACAUACUGUAUAAUGAUAAUAGAAGGAUUUAGCACAUUGAUAUUGUUAUAUAAUACCAUGAACCAUUAGAAUGCCUUUUUUCUGUCAUUGUCACUGCAGUUUACUCUGAUUACCACAAGCAUCACUGUUGUCAAAGGCCAUCACUAUUAAACAUCACCGUGUGCUAACAUAAGUCUUUAUAAUUACCUUUUUUGUAGUCAUUAAAUAUGUAAGCAUUUUUGUUACAAACACCGGUACCACUACCUUUUUUUCAUCAUCACGACCAUAAAGAUCAAAGCUGUGAAUGGCUUGCCUAUUAACUGUCAUUAUCAUUAUUAUCGUCAUCAUCUGAUGUCAAUCUGUCAUCUCCAUUGUUAUGGCAACCACCAUUGUCAUCAUCAUCAUUAUCAUCACACUGUUCAUUGCAAGACGGUAGUAAUAUUAUUGUUACUAUCCCAAAGUUGCACUUAUUAGUUUUGUUAGUAUUUUACAGUGACUACAUGAAUUGUUAUCAACACCACUAACUUGGUAUUUUCUUUUAAUUUUGAUGAUGCAGGUUAUUGUGCUUUGCCCACUGGGAAAAUAGAAGGGUACCUUCUACACUCAGUAUUGAUGUCAGCAGUGCAGAUAAACAACAACGAACUAAG